AUGAACCUUUUAUCGCAUAUUUUAAUUAAUUUUUUAUUUUUUAAUGUAAAAUUUUGCUGUUUUAGUAUUUUUUAUCUAAUGUGUAUUUCUGUUACUUUUGGUACAAAAUAUGAUAAAUGUGACUUAACUGUUGAUUCCGCUAUUUGUAUUAAUAAUACUGAAAAAAUCAUUCUUCCAGACGCCAAACGCUUUGGUCGGGUAUUGUAUAUGAAAUUUGAUGAGAUAUUUCCCGUUGAUAGUAGUGGUUAUGGAAAUCACGGUAUUGGCCAGAUUUCAGGUCAUUCGGGUUUUGGCGGUAUAGGCUCUUCAGCAUAUUUCAGAGGAAACUUUAUACACAUAUCCUCAAGCAACUCCUUUAAUGGAGUUGACUUCACUUAUAUGUUUUAUAUUUACAUGUUAUCUGAUGAGAAAUCUGUACAAAAUAGUCUAAAAUAUAAUCAAUACUGUACUGUAAUACACAAGGGGUAUAAAACGGAUUUGGCAAAUGAAGCUUCACCUGAAAUCGCAAUUAACCCAUCAACUGGGAGGUUAAAAGUAUCCGUAUCAUUACAAGGGAAUAAAACUGUUGAGUUAACGUCUAAUAGUAGACUUCAACAUCAUCAUUGGUAUCACAUAGCGCUGGUCCGAGAUAAAUAUGAUAUACUUCUCUUCAUCGAUGGAAUAUUGGAUUCUAAGUAUGUAACGAAAGCUGUUACAAGACCAAAUCCACUUCCAUUGUAUAUUGGUGGAGCACCCUUCACUACUAAUUGUGACUUCCCAUUUCUACUCGAUGAAUUAUCCAUUUUCUCACACGCUGUUGGAACGGAUGAAAUACAAGCUGAAGCAUCAUUUUCAUUGGGUGGCAUUGAAUCAUCAUAUAUUACCAUCGGAUGUACCAAUUGCAGUAAGGAGGAAGCGAUGAGUUCAUGUCCUGAUGGUUAUCAUUUAUGUAAUAAAUUUGAGCUUUAUACUGGGGGAUAUAGAGUGGCAAGAAAAUUAUCAUUGACUGUUAGUGAUAUAAUGGCUUCUGCUUCAGCCGAACCUUCGACUGGAAUUGGUCUCUGUUGUACCAAUUUACGAAAUUAAUUUACUGAUUAAAAUUAUUUUUUUGGGUUAAAAUCCCAAAUCCUCCUUAAUAC